AGAGGGUUGUUUUAGUUAGGAUCGCGGCGCAUUUAAGAUGAGACGUGUUUAUUCGUAUUUCGUGACUAUGUGUCAACGUAAGUUACAUUCGUACGUGCGACCUUCCUCCCGGCUUGUGAAAGUCGCCGAGAAACGAGCCGUGUCGUACGCUCGAAUUUUGGGUUGCAGAGAUAUGCCUACCAUUGUGUAUCAUCCGGGCUUCAUGAACCAGAAGUGGGGGAAGAAGUCAACCCUACUUGCUCAGUUCUGUGCCGAUAAACGUCUGUCCUACGUGACGUAUGAAUGUGAAAAUGUUGGUGACAGCCCUGGUUUGGGCUUCGAAAAAACUCCGUUUCAUUUCUGGGUUGAAGACGCUCGAAAAGUAAUGGAAGCAUGCACUGAAGGCCCUCUAAUUAUUGUAGCGUCUUCAAUGGGUACUUGGCUGUCCACGUUAGGCGCGCUGGAUUUUUUCGAUCGAGUGAAAGGAAUCGUGUUAAUUGGCGGGGCUUACAAUUUUCUCUAUCGAUAUUACCUACAAUUCGAAUCCAUGGCCACGCCAGAGAUGCGGGAGAAACUGGACAGAGGUGAAGCAGUUGUUGUGAAUCACCCUUGGUUCGGUGAGAUACCGUUUUGCCUGCUUCUUGCGGAUUCAAGUCGAGAAUUGGAAAUCCAUCCUGGUAACAAAAACAUGCCGAAGUAUUCAGGCCCUAUAAGAUGCAUCCAUGGCAUGAAGGACAUUGAAAUGCCGUUCAAGCAAAUGAUGAAAGACGUGCAAAUGGUUUUCCCGGAAGCUCAGAUAGACUUCUAUCUCAGGAAGGAUGGUUACCAUAGAAUGAUAGAAACUGAGGAUUUGCGCUUAUUGUGGAACACCCUCGAAGAGCUUUUGGCCGUCCUUGGUUACAGAGCCAAGUGA